AUGGCUCCUACUGUCAUGCUUGAUUGUGUUUAAUAGCAAAUGAUUUAUAUCCAAUUACAGUAUGCCAAUGUAAUUCUACUUUUAAGAUAACAGAGUUUGCAAGUAUUUUUAUGAAAUUGGAUAGGAAGCCUGCUUAUUAUAAUACCACAUAUGGGUGUGAUGGUCAGGUGUCCACAUAAUUUUGGUCAUGUAAUGUAUGUGUGACUGGAGUAAAAAUAUCAACAACAUCAACAGUAAACUCGACAUACAGUGGAGCUCCUUGUCAUUCUGAUGCCUGAGCACAGGGUGGCGCUGUUCCUCCUCUGCUCCUGAUCAUGGUUCUGAUUGGACAGCAGCUCCUUCAGCCCUGAACGCUGCACUGCGCGGGUCAACAGCCAACAUCUUGAGCAACACAGGACACAGGACACACAAAACCCGGCUCUGCGGUCCUCUCAGGCUCUCUCUGAAGUUAACAAGGACGUUCAGAGAGAACUGAAGCCAGACUUCAUGGAUUGGAUUUCUGAAUGCAUGCUGCAUCACGGCAUUGGUGUGUUCUGCAUUGGAAAGCUGCUCGACCGUCCAGUAAGUUCUGCAGCACUCGGUUUCAUUUUGAGAUCCAGGUCUUUGUCAUCCACCUCACCUUUCUGAUCCCUGGGGGACCGACACACUGCAGAGAUGAUAGAAGCACAGAGAACAUAGUAGAUGGGACGAUUAUGUAUUGAAUAAAUCGAGGUUUUAGAACCACAACAUGUAAGCAAGAUGUUGAUGAAACAUAACAUGGCCUUAAAAGGCAAAUAACUGACAAGGUCACCAUGGCCUUAAGCACAGUAUUUUUUAAUAUAGUGCCUACAUUUUAUGAAGUGACUCAGUGGGUCAGAGAGAGAAGUCUAGAGACUGGAGCAAUGACACUCUCUAAGUAAUUCCACGACUGGCAGCUGUGGUGAGCAGGUCCAUGGCGAUAUGAUCUCCAAAGUGUCAUGUCUGUAUCUCCUCACGGUGCUGUGCUGGGCCAGCGCUCUGUGGUACCUCAGCGGCACCCGGCCCUCCACCUCCUACAUCGGCCACAUGUCUAUCCCUGUUCGCAGGCAGCCUCCAAGAUUGUCGAAAAAUGUCACAUUCAGCAACAUCCGGACACGCAUGCUGAAUCCACACGCAUUCCAGUUCUUAAUCAAUGAGCCGAAGAAAUGCGAAGGCAACCCACCCUUUCUGCUCAUCCUCAUCAGCACCAACCACAAGGAGUUCGACGCCAGGCAGGCCAUACGUGAGACAUGGGGAGACGAGAGCACAUACAGUGAGGCUCGUAUCAUCACGCUCUUUCUGCUCGGUCAUAACCCUGAGCCGGUCCUCAAUCAGAUGGUGGAGCAGGAGAGCCAGAUCUUCCAUGACAUCAUCGUCGAGGACUUUGAGGAUUCUUACCAAAACCUUACACUGAAGACGCUGAUGGGAAUGCGCUGGGUGGCCUCGUACUGCCCUGACACCAAGUACGUCAUGAAGACUGACAGCGACAUAUUUGUCAACAUGGACAACCUUGUGUUGAACCUGCUAAGACCCAACUCACAGCCCAGGCAACGGUUCUUCACGGGUCAUGUUAUAAACGGAGGGCCUAUCCGAGACACUCGUAGUAAGUGGUACAUGUCCAGAGAUUUGUACCCUGAGAACAAGUACCCCCCUUUCUGUUCCGGGACAGGGUAUGUGUUCUCUGGUGACAUGGCAGAGUUGAUCUAUAAGACUUCCCUCCAUACGCACCUCAUUCACUUGGAAGACGUGUAUGUUGGGAUGUGUCUGCGCAAGCUUGGGGUGCACCCUAUCCAGAACAGUGGCUUUAACCACUGGAAGAUGAGCUACAGCCUCUGCCGCUACCGCAGAGUCGUGACCGUGCACCAGAUCUCACCAGAGGAAAUGCACAGGAUUUGGAAUGACAUGUCUAGUAAGAAACAUCUCAAGUGCUAACAUCUUUUACAUCACCAUCUAUAAUCUGGGAGGAGGUUCUACUAGCGUUUCAGUUCUACAGGAACCAACUGUGGGUCUGAAUCUUGUACUUUAUCAAGGUGGAGCAUUGGUGGUUUAGGGGUUACGCCUCUAAGUUCGUAAUCCCAGGAUUUCCAGAAAACUCUGAUUGGAGCCUUGAGCAAGGCUCUUAACCCAGCUUGGAAUGUAUCCUUUUUCAAUUGUAAAUCGCUUUCAAAAAACAUAUUUGCCAAAUUAACUAACAUAAAUUAAUUAUGUAGAAAAGGUAUACAGAUAUUAAGAUAUAGGAUCGGCUAUACCUUGCCUGUCCGUAUAACCAAUAUCCUGUUGAAUAUGCAAGGCAAAUUUCUUGUCACUAUUUAGACCCAUGUAUAGCCUGAGAUGCUGAUGAGUAUUAUGGCUUAAACUGGAGCCAAGAUUGAAUGUCAUUUUUAAUUCCUGACCUUUUAUUCAUAAUUCCUGAUUCAGAGAUAGACAAAAUCUCUGCCAUGGACUGAAUAGAAAAUCUUUUCACUACAGCUGUACUUUUACCUGGUCUUGGUGUUUUUCUCUGGCUGAAAGUACUGAAAAGAUAAGUAUUGUUGCACCAGGCACAGAUCAAUGCACACUAUCACCAUUAUCUUACAUUGUACAACUUUGCUAAUCUGCGACUGUGCAAAUAAAUAUACACCAGCAAGGAUGGGAACAUAGGGGAUACUGUGUUAGAACUUAAUACCAGCUCUGUCAGAUUAACUGCAUUAACAACAUUUUUCUUUAUACCUAGAUGCACUGAGAUGUAAUCGCUUUUUAGAUGUCCCACAGAGACAUGGUUAAGCAUCUUUCAGCGGCCCGUUGAACGGAAAGAGCACAAUGCACAGCAAGAGUAAGCAGAAUCUAAACAAUAGCAGGGGUGGACAAAUAAUAAAUGAAUAAAUUGUUUGGCUUAGCCGAGCCACAUCAUGCUCCCCAGUCCUACGUUCAGUUGCCUGGAAACUUAACUGACUAGCAUAACAAAAGUCAUAGCAUACUAUAAUAACAUAUUGGCAAUCUAAUUUGCUAGUUAAGUGCAUUAAUACAGACAAGAGUAUAUGGUUAUUAUCCUCUUCUAACAAUUUGCAAUGUACCUCAUGGUCUUUGAAUUUCUGCAGGUGUGGAAUGGCCAGAUCCCAUUGCAAAUAAUACUUCAGGUGGUAUUCCUUUAUUGCACACUGAUGGGUUUUGUUGUGGUUUGAUUAUGGGUAAAACAAGCUUUUAAUCGCAUUGUGUGAGAUAGAAUUUGUGAGAUAAAAAGUCGCAAUUGUGAAAUAUUAACUGGCAAUGGCAAGAGGUAAAGUCACAACUGGUUUGGUAUUUUCUCUGUUUCCUGAUUCUGAAAAGAGUUGUUUGUUAUCCAUAAACAUUAAUAAACCCAGCUAGUAAAAACAUUUUACAAUGAGCUAGAUCAGCUAAUGUGUGUAGUGCA